GUAGCAAUACCAUCUACCAUUACCAUUUUAUCCCAUUGUCUUUCACAGCAAUGUUGAACACCACAUCCUCCUCUGCCCUCGCUUUCUCGCCAUCGACGAGUUUCUAUCGUUCGCCCUCUUCUCUCUCGCUAGUACUGCCUAGCCCCAAGUCACUAUUAUCGAGUUAUGCUCGCGCUUCGGUCCUCGCCGUCCUCGAUAAAGCAAUAACCAGGGGUCACUUGACUGUCCAAGACUCCGAAGGGUCACAUCACUUCGGGAUCCGUGCAAAGGGCUGCAAUGACGUUUACAUAAAGGUCGUUAACAGCGAUUUUUGGACCCGAAUUCUCUUUUCUCAGGACCUCGGUUUCAGCGAAGCUUACAUGAUAGGUGAUGUUGAAGUUGAUAACCUAAAGGCCGUCAUGGACCUAUGGCUUGACAAUGAAACUGGCAUGGACGGGUUGUCCUCCGCUGUCAGUCGUAUAUCAUCGGCAAUUUCCGGUGUAUCCAACGCAUUUCUUGGACAGACGCGAUCCAAGGCGCGUCUGAAUGCUAUUGCGAGCUACGAUCAGUCAAAUGAGCUCUUCAAGGCCUUUUUGAGUAAAGAAAUGAUGUAUUCUUGCGCCCUCUGGAAUGAAAACGAGGGUGGUGUGCGGGGUGAUCUAACUGACGGUCCGACUCCUGGAGAUCUGGAGGCUGCUCAGCUUCGCAAGAUCCGACACGUUCUCACCAAGGCACGUGUUAAACGAGGUGACCGAGUUUUAGAAUUUGGUUCCGGAUGGGGAGGUCUAGCAAUCGAGGCCGUUCGUACUUUUGGAUGUGAAGUUGAUACUCUGACCUUAUCGGUCGAACAAAAAGCACUCGCCGAAGAACGGGUCAGAGAGGCAGGCCUCCAGGACUACAUCCGAGUUCAUCUUCUGGACUAUCGUGAAAUCCCAGCAUCAUUUGAAAAAGCCUUCGACGCUUUCGUCAGUAUUGAAAUGCUUGAACAUGUAGGAUCAAAGCACUACCAAACCUACUUCAAACUUGUCGAUUUUGCUCUGAAGUCGGAUCACGCGACAGCGGUCGUCAGUGCAUCCACGUUCCCUGAGUCCCGAUACUCCGGUUAUCAAGCGGAGGAUUUCAUGCGUCGCUAUAUGUGGCCGAAUUCUUGUCUCCCUAGUGCCACCGCACUGAUCAACGCCGCUCAGGCUGGGUCAGAAGGAAGGUUCACUCUAGAAGGAGUUGAGAACCAUGCUGCUCACUAUCCCCGUACGCUUCGCGAAUGGGGACGUCGCUUGGAAGCCAACAUCAGCCAAGAUUCCAUCGUGAAGGACUACCCUGCGCUCCGUGACAGGGCAGAGUUUGAAGUCUUCAAAAGGAAGUGGCAAUACCUGUUCGCAUAUGCUGGAGCAGGCUUUGCUAAAGGAUACAUCACUUGUCAUAUGCUAACAUUCAUCCGCGCAAACGAUGCUCCUGCCGCGUGCGAUUAAGCAUUACCGUGUUGGGCCCCCUGAUUAGUCAGGCUAUUAUCUUUUUGUAGGAUAUAAUAUCUACGCGGCGACGUGUCUGAAGAAACGGAAAAAUGUUGGAGAUAGAAGACAGGUGGUAUCAUCAUUCGUCUCAAUAGAAGGCUGGGCCAUAGUAGCGUACUACUCAU